UUUAUUUUGAAAAGAAACGCCCAGGAUAUGUCGUUUUGUUUUGAAGCUUUUUUGACGCAGCUGAGCUAAUGUGUCAGGGACAUCGAUCUAUGUCAUGUUGCGCAUGCCAGAUAUUGCAGCUUCAAUAACAUGAGAACAAACGCCGCCUGCCCAUGGAGUCGUUGGAGAGCCGCUCGGAGCUGGUUGCCCGCGAACGCAGUGGACACACGGCAGUGGUAGAGGGGAACUUUCUGUACGUGUGGGGAGGCUACAUGUCAGUUGAUGAUGAUGAAGUCUUCCUCCCCAAUGAUGAAUUCUGGGUAUAUGACCUUGUACAAGGCAUAUGGCAAAAAUUCCACAUGACGGGCGAAGUCCCACCCUCCAUGUCGGGGGCCUGUGGCUGCUCCCUUAAUGGUCACAUGUACAUAUUUGGAGGUUGUGAUGACAACGGGCAGACCAAUCAAAUCUAUCGCGUCAAUCUGGCAGGCGGCGAAUAUAAAUGGAUGAACGUCGAGCACCAAAUUGGUUGUUCUCCAUCACCUCGAGACAAACUAUCCUGCUGGCUUCAUAAAGGAAGAAUCAUUUACUUUGGAGGAUACGGUCACAAACUUCUGGCAGAGGUUGAUAGAAGAAACAGAAGCUUCAUUGUAGAUGAUUUAUCAGAGUUUGAGGACAUCCUGUGGGGAUGGAACAACGAGGUCCACAUAUUUGACCCCGGACAGUCCAGUUGGAGUCAAGCUCAAACACAUGGCCAUGCUCCCGCCCCCAGAGCGGCCCAUGCCAGCGCCCAGCUGGGAACCAGGGGCUACAUUUGUGGUGGCAGAGUGAAGGAAACAAGAACAAGCGACAUUCACUGCUUGGACCUUGAGUCAUGGACCUGGUCAGAAAUAGUGCCAGUGUCGAGUGUUCCAGCGGGCAGGUCGUGGCAUUCGCUCACGGCAUCGUCUGAGAGCACCUUGUUUCUCUUUGGAGGUCUCAGUGCGGACUGCAAGCCGAUGAGUGAUGGCUGGCUGUUUGACAUGGAGACAAAGACAUGGAGAGAAGUGGAACACCCUUUUAAGAACAAGCCAAGGUUGUGGCACUCUGCGUGUCCCGGCAAAGACUCCGAUAUCAUUGUGUUUGGAGGCAGCUGUGAUUACAUUCUCCUUGUUGACACGGGUCACUGCAAUGACGCCCUGGUCUUCCAGAUGGCGCCGUAUCCGCUGUUCAGAAUUUGCGAGGACUACAUUGCAAAGAAUGUUAGCUCCUGUGACGUUCUCCGACAGCAGCUCCCUCUUCUUCCUCCCAAACUGUGGACGGCGGUGAACAGGAGAAUAUCGUUCUACAGGCCUUCAAAGAAAGUCAGUCACAGUCAACUCCUCUAAAUGCCAACAACAAUGCGUUUUAUUAGCGUUACUCUUAUUUAAAAUACAUUCAUUUUUAAUAUUUAACUUCAAAUGUUGUUGGUUACAAUUUUUACGUUAUGUUUUUAAAUACAUAUUGUAAAACAUUUAAGGAAUGUUGCAUUUAUAUUGCGGUACAAAUGUAAAAAAAAAAAAAAUGGAAUGUUCUUGUGCUGUCCACCUGCUCAAACUGUCAUUAUGAUGAUAAAAUGGCACAAAUGACAUGUUUUAACCUUGUUUUUAACCUUUCUGUUUGAAAAACACAAAUUUCUGGUUGGAAGUCACCGGUCGUUAAACACACUUGAGGCAAGCAGAAAAGUAUUAAGGCCACGCUGAAAAGAACAAUAAAAUCCUACCACAACACAGUUCAAAUAUUACCAGACAAAAAAACUUAAGCGAAAAUAACGUUAGCAAAAGAAUAAAGGUGUUUUCCCUCGUUUCGUAACAAUGCCAACAUCUUCUAAUACUGCGACUUUAUGUCUAACUUUAUCAUUGUAUAAUGACUUUCUUUCUAUACUACAACUUUAUUCUUGUAACUUUUUUGUCAUGAAACACCCCCCCCACAACCUCCCCUGUUUUUUUUUUUUUGUCUCAAAAUGUAAACAUUUUAUUCCCACAGGUUCACACCAUUUUUAAUGACAUUUUUUCUAAUAUUGUGGCCUUUCGUUUUUGUAAUAUUGACUUUUGUCUUUAAAAAACUUUUAAAAAAUAUGUAGAGCUAAAAUAUGUACUAUUUUAUUUUUUUUUAUUAUUUUCUUGAAAGUUAAAUUUUUUUUCUUGUAAUUUGUUGUGGUAAUAUUGCAUUUUAAAAAUAUUACCUUAUAUUUCAUUUUUCCAUUACACAUUAUGGUUUUAAUCUCUUAAUUUUAGAACUUUAUUGUAGCUUUUUUUUUAAUCUUCAGUGUGGCCCCAAAAACACUCUUAGUGGAGCGAUGCUCAUGUGUUAAUACACACAUACUGUACACUAGAUGCUAGUAUCCCACCACUAGGUGGCAGCAGACCUCUUUUGCUGAAAGUUGAGCAGUUAGGGUCCAUUAAAAGACUUUGUGGCACACAUUCCUUCCUUCAGUGGGUGGAGAAGUGCUCCUUAAGUGUGGUCAGGAAGGAAACCUAAAUAAACAUGGCCAGCAGCACAUGGCUUCCUUUGCAUGUUGGCAGCAUUAACCAAAAGUUGCUCACGUUGCACUUCUACAUAUGCAACACUUAUUUCCAUUGCAGCACCCAGCAAAAUGUGCCUUGGUUGCUAUUUUUCCGCCAAACUAGGUAGGUUACACAUGAAGUGAGUGUGUCGUCUCUACAUGUUAAAUGCAAAAACAGUGAAAGGUCAACUAAAGUCCCUCUCAAUGGUGUCCAUCAGUUCUUCUUCCGAGCCAUCAUACAGGAUGACUGGCGUGGCUAAAGUGCUGAAAAGAGAUGAUAGAAAUGUGAAGUUAAAAAAAAUACUAAAAAUAAAUAUUUUUAAAAAUCCAAUUUCUGAUGGUACUCUAUGAUAGCAAGCACAAGAAUAUUACAGUAUAUAUAUUAUAAAACAGAAUAAUAAAAAAUAUAUAAAAAUAAGGGCUGUCAAAUGAUUAAAAUUUGUAUUGAAAUUAAUCACAGUUUUCAAAUUAAUUAAACAUGAUUAAUCACCAUUUGCCACUAUGUGUGAAAUAUCCCCAUUUUUGCUGUAUUUUAUGACGAGAAAGAUAAAUGACAGGACACAUACAGUAUAUACAGGUAUGUGUACCUAAUUAAAAGCUCCAAAUGAACUGAAAGUUUAAAUCAAGCUUAAAAGAUACCACAAAUGUAUCUGCCCAACGCAAGUCUCUUUAGUAGUAGCAGGACAUUUAUUAUGAGCCAUGAAGGGUUGCGUUCACAGACACCACGUAUCUUACGUUGAAUUCACAUGUUUUGAGUGUAGAUGUAUUUUCUGUGUUUUCCUAGCAUACUUAAUUGCAGCAAAUUGUACUUGACAGUUACAUUAGUGAGAGGUAAGAAUAUCCAUUUUCUGUUUUUGUUUGUCUUUAUGUUCAUUUAGACCGCACAUACACGCAUAAUAAAGACGCUGGUAUGACAUUCGGAUUGUCCGUGAAUGCAUCUUGCAGUUGUCUAGUGAGGAAGUGUGGUUCCCAGGACGAAGGGAUGAGAGAUGUGUUUGUGAGUUGUAGAUACAUAUGUGGGGUUGGAAAAGUUCUUAAAGAGCAUCAGACUCUUUGUGACUCUGUGGGGACGCUAUUGUGGCUCCGUCUGUCGUCAUAACAGCGACGUAGCUUAACGUGAUGCACAUGUGUUAAUGACGGUACAAAUUUUAACCUAAUUACAUAAAUUAGUUACCGCCAUUAAUGCACUAAUUUUGACAGCCCUAAUAAAAAUACAUCUCAUAAAAAUAAUAUGGAUAAAAUAAAAAUAAAAGACAACUUGUUUUCACACUAGCAUGCUUGUUGUUCCUAAUUGAAUUGGCUGUAUGUGGGCAAUAUGAUCUGACUGGAUGUUUAACUCCUCCACUGAGCUCUACAAUCCAUUACUGAUCAGGGUGAUCGACUUACAUCUGCUGUUGUGAUGAUGGCGGAGCAUCUCCCAGCACUGGUCCUGUUGUCAAGAAGGCCUGAGGAGAACACUGGCAGGGAAAAGGAAACAUCACGGUUUAUAAUUAGUGGUUCUAGUUGUAAUUAAUGAGAACUUUAUUAAACAUUGUACUUUCACAAAGGUUACAAUUAAUAAUCACUUUGAUUUUGUUAAGUUAGUUCCCUGCAGAUGACGCGCUCAGACAGGCCGUCUGGUGGCUGUGAGCGUCAUAGGCGAUCACAGAACAGUCUGAUCACCGCAACCAGUAUUGAUACCGGAUAUCGAGUCGAUAUAUAAAAAAAAAAAAUACAAAAAAAAAAUCGCAUUAUAUUGGCCUCCAUCUUAAAUCUCUGUUAUUGCCACUCUGAUACAGUCGGUUCCAGACUCCACCCGAACAUGUCUAUCCAGCAGUGACUGGAUAGAGCCCUUGUGAUCGCAACAAUUGUGUUUGCCAGCGUGCCAACAAAGUAGCAAGGUGAUGUCAGCCGUUGUCAGACGUUACAGCUGAGUGCAAAACUUGUCAUGCACAAGUUUCCCGUGGUGGCAUGGAACCAGGUAAGUUUAAUACGACCAACCUCAUCACGCAUACACUGUAUUACACGGCAUCACACGGGAAACUCCCGCUGGACAGCAAAAAGUCAGCUAUAACAUAAAAGAGUAGCCCCCGUCGGUGGGGAGUAAUGUCGGCUUUAAAGGCUUCAUUGAGCACCUCGAAGUAUGUAUGUUUCGUGUUGACAAUGGCUCAAUAUUGGUAUUGGCCGAAAAUUCAAGGCGCCAAUAUAAAAAUAAAUAAAUAGUCUCGGAAGUGAAAACGUUACAUCGGGACACCCCUAAAAAUGUUUUUGUUUUUUUAAAGUUAACUUUUUAUCACAAUACAGAAAUUAGUACAUAAAAUAAUUUUUUUAUUUAGUUGUUUAAAAAAAUAUGAAAAUAUUCAAAUUGAAGGUAAUGGCACAUUUAUCAAACAAUUAAAUGUGUGUGUGUGUGUGUGUGUGUGUGUGUGUUGGAAUGAGAAUGUUGUUCUCAUAUUUUUAAAAUGCAUUUGAAUAUAUUUCAAUUUUAUAUUUUCUUUAAAAAUAUAUUAAUAGAUGUAAUUUCAGAAUUUAAUAUAAUAAAAAUGAAACGUUGAUUUACCUGAUAAGUCAGUUUUUAAAUAAUUAUAUAUAUAUGGUUUAACAAAAUAUGAAAAUAUAAUUGAAGUGAAUAGCUCUUUGAUCAACCAUUUUAUAUAAUUGAGGGAAAGGCUUCU